GAGGAAUACUGCCCCAUCGUUGGUGUCAGUGGGGGGAGGAAUAGUGCCCCAUCGUUGGUGUCAGUGGGGGGAGGAAUAGUGCCCCAUCGUUGGUGUCAGUGGGGGAGGAAUAGUGCCCCAUCGUUGGUGUCAGUGGGGGGAGGAAUAGUGCCCCAUCGUUGGUGUCAGUGUGGGGGGAGGAAUAGUGCCCCAUCGUUGGUGUCAGUGGGGGGAGGAAUAGUGCCCCAUCGUUGGUGUCAGUGGGGGGAGGAAUAG